AUGAGUUUUAGUAUGCUGGAUGAAAACGGCGAGUUAUAUAGGGACGAGUUCGGAGACACUUACCUUCACGCGGCUAUAGUGUUUAGGAACGAGGCUGAGGCUUUGAGUAUCAUAGAAUCGGUAGCACCAGAGUUUUUAAACGUAAAAAACAAUAGCGGUCAAACGCCUAUGCAUUUGGCUAUCGUUACCAAUCAGUCGGUUAUUGUGGGUAGUCUGGUAACGUACGGUUCGCGGGUGACCGUUACUACGCAAAAUGAGAACGGCGAAACGGCUUUUCAUUUGGUGGCGAGAUUGGGAUUUGUGGAUUGCGCGAGAGCUCUACUGAGACCUUUCGUCGGGGCAAAGUUCAAUUCUAAAACGUUUCGCGAUACGAGCUUACCUAGCGAAUGUAAGAUUAGAAACUACGAUGGCUUAACGGCCCUUCAUUCCGCGACUAUCGUAGGUAAUAUGAAUAUGGUUAAACUACUGUUGGCGAUCAGCCCUUACGCGGUGAAUGUGCCUGAUGGUAAAACUGGUCGGACGAUUCUUCACCAGGCUUGCGUUGACGGGAGAAUAGAUUUGGUUCGACAUUUAUUGAAAUCCAAAGUGUGCGAGAUCAACGCGAAGACUUAUAGCGGUUACACCUGUUUAGAUUUCGCUAAAGAUCGUGGGCACGAAGAAAUCUUCACGUGUCUGGCUGCUGCUGGCGCUAGACUAUCGAACGAUGUGCGUGAUGGUGAUGAAGAUUGA